AUUAUGGACAACCCUUUGGAAAAGGUGAUGUCAUAGGCUGCUUUUUGGACAUGGAUUCUAAUCCUGUCACCAUGUCAUUUAGUGUGAAUGGGAGGAAUUUUGGGAAGUGCUACGAAGUGUCUCAUCGUAGCCUACAAGGAAAAGCUUUGUUUCCUCACAUCUUGACCAAGAAUUGUACUUUCAAGGUGAACUUUGGGUCAGAGCAUCCGUCGUUCCGGCUCAAGUCAAGAUAUAGAUUUGUUGGUCAGAUCCCUCUGGAGGAGAGGGUGUUGGGGUCACAGGGGCCUCAGACACGACAGAAUUCUGAAGUACAGCCAUACCCCUACAUACAAAAGUCCCUACAUAAGAAAAAUCCAGGUUACGAAGGCAAAGAUGAAGAAUUUUUUGCUCCCGUGUACGAAAAUAAUUCAGGUCGCAAAAGGGUGCACUGCAAAGUCCGAGAUUCGCCUGGGCCACCGAGAGCAACUUUAAAACUCGCGCGCCGCCAGCUCGGUAGACUCACCACCAUCCUCCCGCAUGGAAAGAAGAGGAUGCUUUCUAUGGAGACAAAGAUGGAGAUAAUCAAGAAGUAUGAGGCUGGCAUGCGGUUGAGUGUGAUUGCUAAGGAAUACAGCCGAAAUCCGUCGACAAUAGGCACCAUUCUUAAGCAGAAGGAAGCCAUCAAAGCAGCUACACCUUCCAAGGGCGUGACUAUUUUUUCCAACAAGAGGAGCCAUGUGCAUGACAAGAUGGAAAGGCUGCUUCUCGUAUGGGUUGAGGACAAGGAAAUCGCUGGCGAUACGAUAACCGAGAUGGCAAUCUGCCAGAAGGCCAGCGCCAUAUUCGGUGAUCUGAGUGCUCAGGCUGAAGACGUUGCAGGAGAAGGGAAAUCGAAGGCAACCCCAGACUUCAAGGCUUCUCACGGUUGGUUUGAGAAAUUUCGUAAACGAACUGGCAUCCAUUCGGUGGUGCGGCAUGGGGAGGCUGCCAGCUCGGACACGAAAGUGGUCCAAGCCUUUGUUAAGACGUUCAACAAGAUGAUAACCAAGGAAGGCUACAGUUCUCAGCAAGUCUUCAACUGUGACGAGACUGGCCUUUUUUGGAAAAAAAUGCCUAGUCGGACGUAUAUUACUGAGGAAGAGAAGAAGCUACCCGGGCAUAAGCCUAUGAAAGACAGGCUUACGCUUGCACUUUGUUCUAAUGCCAGUGGGGAUUGUAAGGUGAAGCCCCUACUUGUCUAUCAUUCUGAGACUCCUCGAGCCUUCAUGGCCCACAAAGUGCUAAAGGAGAAGCUUCCAGUGAUGUGGAGGGCUAAUGCGAAAACCUGGGUAACAAGACUUUUGUUCACCGAGUGGGUAAAUCUGUGUUUCGGCCCGACAGUGAAGAAAUUUUUGGAAGAGAAGCGCCUUCCUCUGAAAUGUCUGCUUGUGUUGGACAAUGCCACUGCUCACCCUCCUGGCCUCGAGGAAGAUAUCCUAGCGGAGUAUUCUUUCAUCAAGGUUCUUUAUCUUCCACCUAACACCACCCAUCUCCUCCAGCCCAUGGAACAGCAAGUGAUACUGAACUUUAAGACGCUGUAUACAAAACAUCUUUUCAAAAGAUGUUUCGACAUCACCGAUACCACAAACCUCCCCCUGCGUGAAUUUUGGAAGAAGCAUUUCAAUAUCAUGAUAUGCAUCCGACUCAUCGAUCAAGCUUGGCAGGAGGUUUCGAGGCAAACCUUGAAUUCUUCGUGGAGAAAACUCUGGCCUGAUGCCGUAUCUGCCCGAGGCUUCAAGGCAUUUAACGUGGGCAAAGCUGAUGUAGAUUCAGAAACGGUUGACGAUCCUGAAACUGUUUCGCAACCAGAUCUUGACGAGAUCGUUGCACUCGGCAAGUCCAUGGGGCUGGUUGUCAAUGAGGAUGACAUCAAUGACCUUCUCCGGGAGCACCAAGAGGAGCUUACGACGGAUGACCUGAAGGAGUUGGAGGCCCUGCAACAUAACGUCAUUCAAGAAGAGUUCUCUAGCAGCGGUGAGGAGGAGGAGGAGGAGGACCCUAUGACAACAGCAGAAAUUAAGGAUGUUCUAGCUGCUUUUCAUAAAGUGCAAUCAUUUGUAGAAAAGAGACACCCCAAAAAGGCUUACACAGGUCGUAUGCUUGUGCAGUUCAAUGACGUUUGCCUGAGUCGUUUCAGGAACAUUGUCAAAAGCAGGCAGAAGCAAUCUUCCUUGGAUAGUUAUUUUUUAAAGAGACCUUUCGUAGUAAGCAAACAGGAAGGUCCAAGUGAUACGGAAAAACAGAAAAUUGAAAGUGGUGAAGAAAUUGAAAUUUUGUAAAAAUGUAAAAAUCAGUAAAAGGCAAAAAAAAAAAUAAUAAUAAUAAAUAAAUAAAUAAAUAAAUACAGGUAGUCGUCUACUUACGACGGCAUUAGGUUCUGGCAGAGCUGUCGUAAAUUGAUCUUGUCAUAAGUCGACGAACCCCAUAGCCUGUGUACAUGUAUUCUAUACCUACGAACCACAUAGCCUAUGUACUUUGUAUUCUGUACCUACCACAUACUAUCUAUCAUAUAUUAUAUCCAAAGUAUGCACUGUAUACUGUCUUUCUUUCAGCAUAUUGAAUAAAUUGAAUCAUGUUUGGGCUGUCUUUUUGUCCUUUUUACCAUAUUCAAACACAUGCGUGUACAUGUACGUAUUUGUUCAUUUGCAUUUUCAUUGACAACUUACUAGCCUACAUAUACAUUUUAUAUCAUCCCAAAAAUGUGCAUGUAUAGUACCUAUUAUUACAUUUAGCAUAUGAAAUCUUAUCAUGCUCGAACUCCUUGAUUAAUACUUAAUUUUAUUACUGUAUUUAACAUUUUUAUUGUAGGCAUUCAGACCAUCUGUCUGGUCUGUUUACAUUUUCUUAUCCGCCAUUUGCAUUGACAAUCGGCUACACGUAUUAUAUACUUUUAUUUAUUUAUAGGUUUGAAUUAAAUACAUAAUUUGUUAUUACAUUUGAUUUAUUUGCAAAACAGAAAUACAAAAUGAAUUACAAAAAUACGAAUCUUACCAUUUUCGAACAAAAUUUUACUUCUGAAAAUAUAAAACAAAAAAUAGUCUGCUGUUUUCUCUAGCGACCGUUUGUACUGUUGCCAACACGUCUAUGUACGUAGUAAUACACAAAGUUUUAUUUAACAGUAAAUUAUUUUUUCUUUAUAAUUGCAGGCAAACUACAGUAAUGCAUAGAUAGAAUUGAUUUACAGUACAGAAAAAACAUGAACAUACAGAAAAAAUAAAAAUUACGAAACAUUUGAAAUUUGAAAAAAAAAAAAAAAAAAAAUUAUUUUCUGC